CUAUUAAAUUCCCAUUGCUAUAACUUUGGAAUUUUAUUAUGGCUAAUUAGUUCAACAAAGUAGAUAAAGCAACAUGUAUUUAUUAGAAUCCCUGCUAAGUACCCAGAGCUGUGUAGGCCAAUUUGGAUAGAAUGUUCCCUUGGUGUGGACAUGGAUAUUUUGGCUUCAGCCUGUGCAUCCCUGGAUCCCACACAGUAUUCUCUUGUGGAGACUAUAUGAUUAAUCAGAAAUUUGUCCUCUUCUUUCCUCAGAAGGAAAGCCACGUGCACAAUCGGGGAUGGAGAAAUCAUAGCUUCAUAACUGAAUUUAUCCUCAUGGGCUUCUCCAGAAAUCCCAGGACUAAUUGGAUCCUCUUCUUCCUCUUCCUCUUCCUUUACUUAUUCACAGUUCUGGGCAAUGGGCUCAUUUUUACCCUGAUCAGAGUAGAUGUGCAUCUCCACACACCCAUGUACUUCUUCCUCAGUAUCCUCUCUCUACUGGAUCUCAGCUAUGCCACCACUACUGUGCCCCAGAUGUUGGUCCAUCUAGUGAGCGAGCAUAAGACCAUCUCUUAUGUUGGGUGUGUGGUUCAGAUGUACAUUUUUCUGACCCUGGGCAUCACUGAAACCUGGGUAUUUGCAGCUAUGGCCUAUGACAGAUAUGUUGCCAUAUGCUUUCCCCUCCACUAUGGGGUCCAGAUGAGCCAAACUCUAUGUGUCCUGCUUGCAGUCAGUUCUGCCUUUUGUGGUCUUCUCUGUGCCCUCAUCUACACAGUCUUUGCAAUGAGUCUGCCCUACUGUGGUCCCAAUGAGAUUAACCACUUCUUUUGUGAAAUUCCUGCUGUCUUAAAGCUGGCCUGUGCAGACACAUCCCUCAAUGACCAAGUGGACUUUAUUUUGGGUUUUAUCUUGCUUCUGAUUCCAUUAUUCCUAAUUCUGACCUCAUAUAUUUGUAUCUUCGUGGCUAUUUUAAGGAUUUGCUUCACUCAAGGGCAGGUUAAGGCCUUCUCCACCUGUGCUUCACACAUCACUGUGGUCACCAUGUUUUGUAUUCCGUGCAUGGUCAUGUACAUGAGGCCUGGAUCUGAAGCUUCCCCAGAAGAUGGCAAGAAGUUGGCUUUGUUCUACAAUGUCAUCUCUGCAUUUCUUAAUCCCAUUAUUUACAGCCUCCGGAACAAGGAUGUGAAGAGGGCUUUCCUCAAGUUAGUUGGAAUGAAUGAGGACACUCGAUAGGCCAUAGACCAUGGACCCUGCAGUGCCUCUGCUCUCUUUAUGUACAUUAUCAAACUUUCACUGAAUAUAUUGAAAUGAUUAAAGCCUCCUAGGACAAGGAAGAUAUGUGGGGGGAAAAAACACUUUCACAUUAAUAUGCUAAUAGAAAUAUUAGGGAAGGACUCAGAGAAAACUGUCCUCAAGGGUUAAAUACACAACUGACCUUCUGU